UCCACGAAUCUUUAUGUGAAUGAUUAUCAUUCAAUGAAAUUUUGCUAUAUAUGUGCGAGUGUAAAAAAAAAUAAAAUGUUUAAAUGAUUUUUAAAUUUCGACUUAUUAAUGUAAUUGAAAUUAAAUAAAAGAUGACUUCCUGAUUGUCAUGAUUCAGAAGGAAAUACAAAUGUAUGCGUCAAAAUAUAAGAACAGUGUAAAUGUGUAAAUGGUGAUUUAAAGGAGGUGUGGACACUUGAAAUUGUAAAACGUAAUUUAACAAAAUUCCACGAUAAAUGUUAUCAUGAAAAUGGUGUCUGCAUACUAUUUUAUUAUUAUAGGGAUUAUUAGUUCUUUUCAAGUUUUUACGUAUGGUGAAAUCGUCCAACUUUCUGGUAAUGGGCCAGUUGUUUUAGGAGGGUCUAUAACAUUUAGAGCCGAUAUUUAUAAUAAAGAUGGCUCAAAACCACAUUCAAAAUAUCGUUAUCAGUGGUCAGACAAUGCUCUAUAUAAUAGACAUCAAUAUACGACGGAACCAACGAAAAACACAACAAUAUACUAUACAGUAAGUUAUCCGGAAUCAGAAGGCUACGUUAUCGGUAUUUACGAAAUGGAGGUCCUAGUGUCGAAAGAAAUUAUUCCAUAUGUUUGGUAUCAACCAAUAACAAGUCGUCGCAUUGAAUUUGAAGUAUCACAACUUCUCAAUGGCAAUUUAUCAAUUGUGCAAUCAAACAAAACCACCGAAGGCAUUUAUGUUUCAUCGGAAGCUGAAGCAAAUGUCAAAAUUGACAUACGUGACGGUGAUUUAGAAUUUUUGAAGAAAAAAGCAACAUCGAUAUCUACAUUCUGGUUUGUGGACUGCAAAUAUUUUGGUCAGACAGUUGACUUCAGUUUUAAGACAAAUUUCACAAAAGUCAAUACUACUCAUAAUAUUGAAGCUUUAAUUGUUGCUUCAUUUGAACCGCCAACUACGCCCGCUCCGAUAACGACCACGUCGACGACAACGGUUCCAACGCCUUCGAAUACGACUGUUCCUAGUAAUAGUACUAAACCGAUUUCGGAUUUAACGACACCGAAACCUGUCACAACGACUACAAUGAUGACGACGACGACAAUUUCACCAAAUACGUCGACGAUCGCUCCAAAUGCUACACAAUAUCAAUUCGCGAAUAUUUCAUUUCCAUUCGUUUGCCUGAACUCAUCGAUUAUUCCUCCGGAUCCAAAGAAGACUUACGGAUAUUUUAAUAAAGAAAUCACAGUUAAAGCUCCGAUAAAUAAAAUAGUUGUCGAGGGUACAAAUUGGAUUCAACCUUGGGAAAUGUUAUCCCUCAAUGUCUCUUGUACAGGUUCAGGUCCCUUCUACAAGUGCCUUGCAUUUCAUCGCGGCAAGUACAACAUAACGGGAAAUGAGACUUGCUAUCAAACUGACAUUCUUCCUUCCUGUAAUUUUUCUAUAAUUCACUAUUUUCUCGAACCCAGCGUCUCAACGAUAGUGAUGAUUAUUAAAAAUGACGUCAGUACUCAAAUAUAUCCUCUCACCAUAAAUAUUUACAGUGCUACUGUGCAACCUCAACUUUCAGUAAUUGUCGUACCAGUGGCAUGUUCAUUAGUUGCCAUUGUGUCGAUAAUUUUCGGUAUCGCCUAUUAUAUACAAAAUAGAGCGAGAUUUACCGUUGAAGUUGCUGAUUUUGAUUUUGGAAAGAGCAAUCCGGAUAUGGAAUAUAAAACAUUUAGAGAGAGAUUGCGGGAUUCAUUCAAUAACGCUGUAAGGCCCGGAAUUAAGAGGAUAAGUUUACGCAAACCCAAAUACGGAAGCAUGAACUACUGACUGACAAUUUAACUAAGCAUAAAGUUUCUUAUGGUUACAAACCACUUCACGAUUCUCAAAUUCUACAGUGAAAAUACUAACAGAAUCGUAAAUUUCUAAAGCAAAGAUUGAUCUUAUAAUUUUGGAAGAUAAAUACGAAUCAAUUAAAAAAUACACAAUGCCAUCGCAAUGAAUUGUGAAUGAAAAUUAAAGCCGACUAGUGGCAUUUAAUUGACGAUUCGCCCAUUUUUUUAUAUAAGAAAAAAAAGAACUCUCGAGUGAAAAAUUAAUUCUGGACUCAGUAUUUAUAGAACUUAAUAGCAGCGGUAGAAACUUAAUCUACUGAUUAAUUAUUAACAUUAUUAAAAAAAAAAUCUGAGUAUGAGAAUGAAUUGUAUAUAAAGAAAACUUAUACAUAGGCUGUGAAAAUGGAACACAAGAGAAUGUUUAUUAUGUGGAUAAAUAUUGUGCGCGAGAUAAAUAUUCAAAAAUUGUAGCGAUUUUCUUUUUUCGAAACUAUUAUAUAUAGAAAUCGUACCUAAAUUAUUUAUUUUAAUUUCUUUUUAUUUAAAGAGAACAAUUAUUUGUUUCGAUCAAAAAAAAAUAGUCAAAAUGAAACUAUAAUCUUUAGGGAAAAUUGAAAUUAUUUGUUUAAAGGAAAUCAGAAUCGAUGGAAUUUUAUAAGAAUAACUUAUUUUAACUAUAGACACGAGGAUAAUUGCACAUUUCAAUAAAUACACUUUAUUAUAUUACUUUUUAUAGAAUUUUGCAUGUUGAAUGAAAUUUAUGCUCCAAGCGACUAUGACUUGAGCACAGGAUUAAUUAAUAAUAAAUUAAUUUAUAUGUAUGUGUAUAGAUUAUGUAUAUAAUAUAUGUUAAGCUAUAAAAAUUUA